AUGGGAAAGAAGAGCUCUGCAUCAAUCCUCUGCUUCUUACUCAUAAGCUUCAGUCCCGUUUUUGUUUCUGCACAAACUUGUGAUGAAGCUGCUGGGACUUUCAAACCCAACAGUCCAUAUGAGAAGAACCGCCUUCUCUUCAACUCCACUCUUGCUUCUAAUGUCACGGCUCACGCCGGCUACUUCAACGGUUCCAUCGGGCUAGGCCCUGAUAGAGUCUACGCCUUGGGGAUGUGCGCUCCAGGUGCUGAAUCACAAGCUUGCUCCUACUGUAUCCAGGACGCCUCCGAUAGUCUACUAAGUACUUGUUCGAACCAAACAGAUGCUUUCGUAUGGUCAGGUGAUGAGUUCAUUUGCCUUGUUCGCUACUCUAGCAAGUCCCUCUAUGGGGUCCUCGCCUUGGAACCGAAUACAGUGUUUCAUAAUGCAAUGGAUGUAAGAAAAGAAAACCAGAAGGAGUUUGAUAGUGUGUGGGACGGGCUUAUGCUUCGUAUGAUCACUAGAGCUUCUUCCUCGGUGAGAAAAAAUUCGUCUUCUUCGUCCUUAUUGUCUGGUAAAUACUAUGCAAAGGAUGUAGCUCCAGUGCCGGUUUAUGGGAACAUAUUGGUGUUGAUGCAAUGCACUCCAGACAUUUCUUCAAAGGAUUGUAGUCUUUGUCUAGAGACAAGUGUUGAUUACUAUAAGAAAUGGUAUCAUGGGAAGAGAGGUUCCAUUAUGUUGAGGCCAAGUUGUUUUUUCCGGUGGGAAUUGUACAAUUUCUCUGGUGCUUUUGAUCAUAUUAAUGAUCCACCUCCGCCUAUAUUACCUCCUUCAAAUAGUCCUUCUGUAGCUAAUCUGACCAAUAUAACCAAGAAAGAUAGAAAGGUCUCAGGAGGUAUUAUCGCAGCGAUAGUGGCAGUUAUUGUUGUGACCAUAGUACUGAUUUCUGUAGGCUUUAUUAUGUUCAAGAAGAGAAAGGAAAAGCAAGAUAUACAACUUCCAACGGAAUCUGUUCAAUUUGGUUUCAAGACAAUAGAAGCUGCAACUAGUAAUUUUUCUGAAGAAAACAAGCUUGGUGUAGGUGGAUUUGGUGAGGUUUAUAAGGGCAUUCUUAUGAAUGGAACUGAAGUUGCGGUAAAGAGACUGUCAAAAACAUCAGGACAAGGUGAAGUAGAGUUCAAAAACGAGGUUCUUGUUGUUGCCAAGCUUCAACAUAGGAAUCUUGUUAGACUUCUCGGGUUUUCACUUCAGGGAGAAGAAAAGUUACUCGUCUAUGAGUUUGUCUCUAACAAAAGCCUUGAUUAUUUCCUCUUCGACGCUAGUAAGAGAGUUCAGUUGGACUGGACAAUGAGACACAACGUCAUCAUUGGGGUCAGUCGAGGGAUUUUAUAUCUUCAUCAAGAUUCACGGCUCAAGAUUAUACACCGCGAUCUCAAAGCUAGUAACAUUCUAUUAGAUGCUGAUAUGAAUCCCAAAAUUGCUGAUUUCGGAAUGGCAAGGAUCUUUGGAAUGGACCAAACUGUAGACAAUACAUCAAAAGUAGUUGGAACUUUCGGUUAUAUGCCACCUGAGUAUGUGAUACAUGGCCAAUUUUCGAUGAAGUCAGAUGUAUAUAGCUUUGGAGUAUUGAUUCUAGAGAUCAUUAGUGGCAAAAAGAAUAGCAGCUUCUACCAGAUGGGUGGUCUAGUUAACAACUUGGUCACAUAUGUCUGGAGACUUUGGGAGAACAAAUCAUUGCCCGAUCUCAUUGAUCCUGGUAUUAAAGAAGACUGUAACAUUGAUGACGUUGUUAGAUACAUUCAUAUUGGACUGUUAUGCGUUCAAGAAAAUCCUGCAGAUCGGCCAACAAUUUCAACGAUUCACCAAAUGUUCACAACCAGCUCUAUUACUCUGCCUCUACCUCUGCCGCCUGGAUUUUUCUUUGGGAACAGGUCAGGAACGACUUCUUCAUCCCAGGGAUUGGACCCUAGUCAACCGAGCAGCAAGUCUUUUACUUGUUCUGUGGAUGAAGCAACAAUCACUAAUGUUAAUCCUCGUUGA